GAGCAAAAUUAGAAAUAGGUAAUUGAAAAAAACAUGUACUACCGUUAUUAAAUAACUACACAACUAACUAACUUUAUUCCGAGUUGUGGAUAUGAUUACUUCCUUUAUUUUUCCAUAUAUUACUUCAACAAACCGCAGGCAAAUUUGAUUCAUAAACUUUGAAAUUAGUACAAAUUACAACAACUAUUUAACGCCAAUACGAAACUGAAAGUUUCCUGAAACAAAUAAAAACAAAGUAGCUUUUACGUUAGUUGGACGACUUGACCAAAGUAGUAGCAAUGACAAGUUGGGACCAAAACAGACUUCAGGGCAUGUCAUGCUCGAAUGGUCGCGAAAAUCAAUAAACGAUCGAAGAUCAUCGUUUUUCAGCGAAAUGUAGUUCAUUCUUUGCAGUUUAUGCUGCUCGGAGCAUUAUAGUUGCAGUUUCUCGUGUUUAUGAAGACAAAAUGGAGAAAACCCACAGCGUUUUGUGGAUUUACAAACAGCGUGCAAGGCGGGUGUUUGUGCUUUGCGUGAUUCUUAGUUUUCUCUCGGUGAGCAGCAACACUCCUGCAACUUUUAGGAGAUUCCCUCAACUGCAAAUCAUCACGAUUAUCGUGGACAUUGUUACUGGCUUCAUAUUAUCAAUUGAAGUUAUUGUGAAAAUUAGAAACCAUGGGAUGUUUAAAGGUGAAAAUCCUUGUGGUACAAGUAGAUGGUUCAUCUUUGACUGCGUGAUGGUCAUAUUUAUCUGGCUGUCCAUAAUCUUACAGGCUUUAGAAAUAGCAGGGGGACAGGUGGUAGUGGGAACUCCUGUUGGUUUACUACGUGUACCUCGUGCAUUGAUCAUGCUAAGAGCGUUUCGACACUGCUUUUCUUUUCAAUUCGAAUCGGGACGGAUUGGGAUUAUUGUUGUUCGAGCGAGUCAUCAAAUAGGAGGAGUCACUCUCUUCCUUCUCUUUUUCCUCUUAUUAUACGGACUUCUUGGUGUCCAGUUGUUUGGUACAAUGUCUCAUCACUGUGUUGUUAAUAACACUGAUCCAACAAACAUAACAUUGAGUAACCUAGCCAUUCCUGAUACUCACUGCUCCCCCGAAGACAAAUUUAUGUGUCCAGAUGGUUUUAAUUGCAUGGAACUCCAGCUGUCAAUCAUUCAACGUGGAUUUAGUGGAUUUGACAACAUAUUUAUCAGCAUAAAGACAGUAUAUGAAGCUGCAAGCCAGGAAGGUUGGGUGUUCCUUAUGUAUAAAAAUAUUGACAGCUACCAGGAUUGGCAUGGUUACCUCUACUUUGUCACGCUUAUAUUCUUCCUGGCGUGGCUGGUUAAGAAUGUUUUUAUUGCUGUAAUCAUUGAAACUAUGGCUGAGAUUCGUGUUCAGCUGCAUAAUUUAUGGGGAAACUCAAAAUGCAGCCACACCACCUAUGCCACACAGCGUAUAACAAGUGAAGGUAGUUCAACAAACUGGGCUUUGGUUGACUUUGAUAUGAAAAAAUCUCAUCCAAAGACAAUUGAUGCGUGGAGACAAGCUCUUAGAUCAAGAUGGUUCCACCUAAUGAUGUUGAUAGUUAUCGUGCUAAAUGUUUGUAUAUCAGCUGUACAACCUCGCAUGGAUAAAAGGGUGUGGAACUUCUACAGCAUAGCAGAGUUAUUUUUCACUGUUAUAUUCGACAUGGAACUCAUCAUUAAAGUAAUCACGCUUGGCCCACGUGGUUACUUCAAGCGAAACAUCUACAAAUACGAAGCUUUCCUUGCUUUGGUCACCACAUUUAACACAGCAUGUUCAUAUGAUGUAAUACGAAGUGUGCCAGUACUGAGGAUCAUCAGACUUGUUAAACUUUCACCAACACUGGAGAAUUUUCUUUACAAGAUAUUUGGACCAGCAAAGAAGAUUGGAUUGUUGGUUGUUUUUACUCUGAGCAUUCUAACCUUCAUGUCAACUAUAAGUCUACAGAUGUUAUGUCAUGUGGAACAUCUUUAUUCAUUUGCAACAUUCCCAGAGGCGUUUAAGUCAAUGUUUCAAAUCAUGACCCAGGAAGGUUGGAUCGACGUCAUGCAUGAGGUCAUGAAGCUUGUCAGUGAUAGCACAAGGAUACCGGUAUCCAUCUACUUUAUCUUGUACCAUCUAUUUGUAACAACAGUUGUCAUCAGUUUAUUUGUUGCUGUUAUACUUGAUAACUUGGAAUUAGAUGAAAAUCUUAAGAGGUUAAAACAACUUAAAGUGAGUGAACAAAGUGUGGAGUUACAACAACCCUUCAGACUCAGAAUAUUUGAACGUUUUCCCAAUCGACCCGAAAUGGUCCGUCUCUCCAAGAUGCCGAAUGAAUUUCUUCUUCCCCGAUUGCGAGACAGUUUCAUGCGUCAGUUCGUCGAUACUCGCUCACCAAUUGCCCACUCAGUGGCAGCAUCGCACUCUACAGGGUUACCACUGUCGGCUUACGCAAAUUUUUCAACUUCAUCUGCCAUCGUUGCUUCAACUGUGCUAGCUACACGAGUAGCAGUGCAGGAAGAUGGAUUACCAAACUCCAUAAAGUUUCAUCAGGAACAAGAUGUGGUUUUGAACCCAGAGAUCAGGAAUGGAUUCCCGUAUCGGGAUCGUCUUCUAUGGAAGAGAAUGAAGAACAACCAAGAUCUUGCUCUUGUUCCUCAUUCAUCAAAAAAGAAACCAUCAUUGAUGUGCAACCACAGAAUAAAUGAAGUCAAACCAAACAUGCUCGACUUUCUAAUGAGAGAUUGUGCACAACAGAGAAUUUCAAAAGAAUCCUCUGGUCUUACAAGCAGUGCAGUGGGUACCAGUAAGUCUCUUCUCGGAGCACAACACCUAAUUCGCAGGGAAAGACGGCCCUUUUUCCCAAAUCGGCGAACAUUUAAUGAUGAGAACAGACUGACGACAGUGGACAACAAUAUACGGGCAUCGGAGUCGUUGUACGACCACAACGCACAGCAGGAAGUUGACAUCAAACUCAUUCAUCUAAAAUGUCAGCAAGCGCUGCUGAAGAGACAACGCCAUGAACAGGAGUUACGCGAAAACCAUCCACUGUUUGACACCCCUUUGCUCUUUAUAAAAAGGGACAGCCAAUUUCGAAAAAUAUGCAAGUACAUUGUAACAGCUCAAUACGGAAAAUCAGAAAAUUCAUCAGAGAAUGUGAAAGAACAAGGAAACUCACAAGUUCUACACGACUUGCUUGGCCUAGUACCUUACCUAGACUGGUUCAUGAUACUUGUAACAGUAACCUCAUGCUGCUCAAUGCUGAUGGAGAAAACUACAAUGAGAAUACACGAUACACCUGCUUUGCAAGUAGCUGAAUAUAUCUUUGUAGUUUCAAUGGGCUGUGAGCUUACACUCAAGGUAAUCGCUAACGGGGUAUUUUUUACCCCUAAACCCGCAUUUAAGGACUUGGGUGGUUUUCUCGACGCUGCAAUAUUUAUCGUGUCUGUCGUUUUCCUGUGUACAUUGUCUGGCUCCCAUACAGGCCAAUUCCUGAUGAUCUUAAGAUGUUUUCGGCCGCUAAGAAUAUUUAAACUUGUUCCACAAAUACGUAAAGUUGUCAUCGAGUUAUUUCGAAGCUUCAAAGAGAUUACCAUGGUGUUCAUUCUCCUUGUGGCUUUGAUCUUCGUUUUCGCGAGUUUUGGUGUCCAGAUGUACGGAGGUCAACUUGCUGCAUGCAAUGACCUCACUAUCACUAAAAAGUCAGACUGUCAUGGCAUCUUCUUUCAAACUGUAUGGCUUUCCAACAACCUUAACAUAGAAGAAGACCCACCAGGCUUCAUGGUUCCCAGGGUGUGGACCAACCCACGGAAUUUUAACUUUGAUACGAUAGGAUCCGCAACACUUGCUCUCUUUGAAGUUUUAUCAUUAAAAGGUUGGAUUGAAGUGAGAGACAUCCUAGUUGAAAGAAUGGGACCGCUACAUGCAAUCUACAUUCACCUAUUUGUCUUUCUUGGUUGUAUGAUGGGACUCACUCUCUUUAUUGGUGUUGUUAUCGCUAAUUACAAUGAGAACAAAGGAACAGCGUUGCUUACAGUUGACCAACGUCGUUGGGAGGAUUUAAAAAGUCGACUCAAGAUUGCGCAACCUCUGCAUUUACCACCAAGACCACCUGGGAAUGGAAUUCGAGCAAAAAUGUACGACCUGUCGGAACAUCAUAGAUUUAAAGCUGCCAUUGCAUGCUGUGUGAUGGUUAGGUCGCUACUGCUUUCAAUAAAGUGGACAUCAUCUAAUCCUCAUGCUCGCUAUCCUCUCUAUGCGUCGAUUGUCUUCACUUUCAUCUUCCUCUUAGAGAUGAUCAUUAAGGUCAUCGGACUUACUUUCAUUGGAACCAUCAGUAGUUGGAGGAACAGGUACGACAUGGUGGUGACGAUAUGUGAUGUAGGAUGGGUGAUGAUGUGGUUCAUAUUACCCGGACAAAAUGCUUAUGUUUAUAACAUAGGUUGGGUAUUGGUGGGGCUCAGGUUCUUCAGCAUAUGCGGAAAACAUGCAACACUGAAGAUGUUGCUUACCACAGUGGCAGUGAGUGUUUACAGAUCUUUCUUCAUCAUACUUGCAAUGUUCCUCCUACUUCUGUGUUACGCAUAUGCUGGUGUCGUGCUCUUUGGAACGGUUAAGUAUGGUGAAAAUAUUGACCGUCAUGCCAACUUUGCUACUGCACCACUUGCAGUCACCGUGCUGUUCCGUAUCGUUACUGGUGAAGAUUGGAAUAAAAUAAUGCAUGACUGCAUGAUCCAGCCCCCUCGGUGUACACCACACCACAACUACUGGGAAACUGACUGUGGCAACAAAACAGCAGCAUUGGUUUACUUCUGUAGUUUCUACGUCAUCAUUGCUUAUAUUAUGCUCAACCUGCUAGUUGCCAUCAUUGUUGAGAAUUUCUCACUUUUCUACACGAUGGACGAAGACAUUCUACUCAGUUAUAACGACCUGCAUAUGUUCCAAGUCACGUGGAAUACUGUGGAUGUGAAGAGAAAAGGAGCUAUUGACGUAAAAGACGUCGAAUCCGUGCUUCGUCUAUUAAAAGGUCGUCUCCACAUAGACCAAUAUAGAGACAGGUUGUUGCUUAAACAUAUGUGCUAUGAGAUGGAACGCGCUGGCCGUAGGUCAAACACUGGGAAUCGUUCUAACGGAUGGACGGCCAACGGACAGACUUUACGCGGCAGGAACGUGGAGGAAGCGUUGUAUGUAACUUUCCAUGACGUAUUGAUGAUGUGCGCGUAUAGGAGCGUGGACAUCCGGAAGAGCUUGCAGUUAGAAGAGCUUCUGAUGCGAGAGAAACUAGAAUCGGAAAUUGAGGAGGAAGUUGCAAAGAGGACGAUCCGAAAGUGGCUGGAACGUUGCAUUCGUAGCAGAGCGAAACAGCGAACCAUGUUAAACGACAGUUUCAUCGACAAUAAGAUGAGCGCCAACUCCGUUGUGACGUCACAAGCGAAUGACCCGGCAAAGAUACCGAGCGUUGAAACUCCUGGAGAUGUGAAUGUGGAUUCUGAUGAUGCGGAUGGCGUGUUCGACGUGUCCAACCAGAAAUAUUUAAAAGGGGGGAAGCACCGACGUACUGGGUUAUGGAAACCCCCUCCAUCUUUCGUGCCAGGAGGGCCCACUACAACUAAACUUCCAUCUUUAAUGGUGGAUGGAUCUUCUUUAUCUGAUGAAGGGACAGAUGGAAGUAGUUACGAAGAUAAAAGCAGCUCAAAGUCGUUGUCCACAGAAUUUGACCAGUGGUGGGAUCGUUUCGACAACGAUUAAGAAUUUAUGUUUUAUAAACCGUGUGUAUAAUGGAUGCAUUAAUAUGGUAGGGCGGGGAAAGAUGGGACACCUUUCGUACAGUUUGUUUGCGUAUUACUAUCAGUGUAGUAUAUUGUGAGUAAAAUGUGUACUAAGUGUUCACACAAGUCGCAGAAAUGGCGUCAAAAUGAUUAUUGCUGUAUUCUUGCAUAGUCCGCUGUUACUAUAAAUAGAUUUUAGUGUUA